GCCGGCCUUCCUGGUUCGGACGCCGGACCUGUGUUCUCAUCGAUGCGGCUCCCGGGGCGAUUGCUUCUGUCUAGGUAUUGUGCGGAAAAGGAAGCUCGCUGGAACCGAGGCUGGAGCUUCGCUCGUUGCUGACCGCGACCGCGGAGGACUGCCGAGGACCGGGUGGGCUAUGGGCGAACCCGGCCCUGUGGUUCCGGGGCACCGCGCGGGAGGCCGGAGCUGGUGCUUGCGGCGGCUGGGGAUGGACAGCGAGUGGCUUUUGCUGGAGACUGGGCGUGAGGUGACUAUAGGACGAGGAUUUGGUGUCACGUACCAACUGGUAUCAAAAACAUGUCCCCUGAUGAUUUCUCGAAACCAUUGUGUUUUGAAGCAGAAUCCUGAGGGACAGUGGACAAUUAUGGACAAUAAGAGUCUGAAUGGUGUUUGGCUGAACAGAGAGCGUCUGGCACCAUUACGGGCUUACUUCAUCCAUCAGGGAGACCGUAUCCAGCUUGGAGUGCCUCUGGAAAACAAGGAGAAUGCGGAGUACGAGUAUGAAGUGACUGAGGAAGACUGGGAGAAGAUGUCUCUCUAUCUUGCCCCAAAGAAUGACCAGACGGCGGAAAAGAACAAAGGCUUGAGAACGAAAAGGAAAUUCAGUUUAGAUGGAUUGGAGAGUCUUGGCGCUGAGGGCCCUUCACAUUUCACAUGCAAAAUAAGUAAAGUGUCUAGUGUACCUGGUCAGUCAGUGAAGUUAAAUGGGAAAGGCGAAGGGACAAGUGAGCCCUUGGGAUAUUUUUAUUCUAAAUUGACUUCUCUUGAGGCAAGUGAGAAGACCACCAGGUCUCACACUUACUCUGUUCCUCCAAAGGUCAUUGAGCUUCAUCAUAAGAAGCAGAAAACCUCAAACCUUUUAACAUCUCAGAGCAGCCUAGAGCUGUUUAAGUUGACCAUGUCCAGGAUUGUGGAGCUGAAAACCCAGAUGCAUGAAAAACAAGUAGCUGUUCUCAAUGUGAAAAAGCAGACCCGAAAGGGGAACACCAAGAAAAUCGUGAGAAUGGAGAAGGAACUGCAGGACCUACAGUCUCAGCUGUACGCAGCGCAGGCUCAGCAGCAGGCGCGCGUGGAGCAGCUGGAGAGGACGUUCCAGGAGGAGGAGCAGCACCUCCAGGGGUUGGAGAAGGAGCAAGGAGAAGAGGACUUGAAGCAACAGCUGACCCAGGCUUUGCAGGAGCAUCGGGCUCUAAUGGAAGAGCUAAAUCGCAGCAGGAAGGACUUUGAGAAAAUCAUUCAAGCCAAGAACAAAGAAUUGGAGCAGACCAAGGAGGAGAAGGAGAAGGUGCAAGCCCAGAAGGAGGAAGUUCUUAGCCACAUGAAUGAUGUGCUGGAGAACGAGCUCCAGUGCAUCAUUUGCUCAGAGUACUUCAUCGAGGCUGUCACCUUGAACUGUGCCCACAGUUUCUGCUCCUACUGUAUCAGUGAAUGGAUGAAGCGGAAGGUCGAGUGUCCCAUUUGUCGAAAGGACAUCGAAUCUAAAACCCACUCCCUGGUUCUGGACAACUGCAUUAAUAAGAUGGUGGAUAAUCUGAGCUCAGAAGUGAAAGAACAACGGAGUGCCCUUAUCCGGGACAGAAAAGUAUGUUUUUCCCUGGAGAGAGAUCUGAUUCUCAACAUCAUCUACAUUUUGCUUGCCUGGAAAAAGACACAGUAACUUUUCUGCCUUGCAGCACCAAAGUGCUGUAUAGCUGAGCCCCUCUGCUGUGCUGUCUGCCUCUAAUUAAAGGCAUGCUUUCUACACUAGGACUCCGAGAACCUGGGUAAAGAGGGUUUGUAUCUCAUUCAGGCUUUAUUAAGCAGAUGAAUAUGCAGCCAGCUAUGCGAGAUGCUUUGCACUGAGUGACAGGUGUCCCAUAUCCAUCUGGUUACCUAGCCUAGACAGGACUCAUCCUCCCUCCAGGCUUGGCUCGCUAAGCCCAGCAAUUAGACUGUGCCAAGGUGGAGGACUUUGCCCUGUGUGAGAUGGAUAGCUGGAUACCAGUUGUCUGUUUCUCUGAUUGGAAGCUGGUAUUAUUGAAUAGAAGAAACACACACACACACACACACACAAAACCUACAAAUCCCCUCAUUAUUUCCACCCUUCCUGUCUGUACUACCUUUUCCUCCUCUAUGAAUGACCAUCAGGCAGUCACCAUAAUAACUACAGGAGUGCCUAGAAUUGGGCAGCUCUCUUCAAUGACCUGUUUGCUUUUUAUAGCCUUUCUCUGCAACUGGACUCUGCACCCUACAUCUAAGAAUAAGCCGGCAGUGUGGGGUGGCCCAGAUAUGUUUAGAUUACACUCAUUCCAAAAGACCUCAUAGGAAUGUCAUGGUUAGCAUUUGAUACGGAAAUUAAGAGGGAAUCUCUACCUUGCCUUGUGCUCUUAGUUUGAGAAGGACCUAGGCAGGUGAAGAUAGCUCACGAAUGGCUCUUGCCUAGAAUUGCAGUCUUGUUAGGUGUGGGGCCUGAUCUGAGUGGUAUGCUGUUGUAGGCAACAGCAGGCCAAAGCCUCGUUCUCAACAUUGUUGAAUUUCAUUCAAAGAAAAACAGCCUGUCCAUUUCCCCCUGUUUUUUGUAAGUGGGAGUUGAGGCAGUAGGAAUGGGCUGUUUCUUUGAAGAAGAUAUGGUCUUGUGGAUGAAAAAUAAUGAACCAUUUUGUUCAGUCUAUUCUUUGGUUUAGAAAAGGCUAUCAAUCUUAGAGAAGGAAUGUGCCUGGGAUAGAUGCUUCCCAAAUACUCAGAUGCUGUAGUUUCUUUGUUGACAGCAUCCCCAGACCAUGCGCCCGUGAUAACUGCCUAAGCUCAUGAAAUCUCCACACAGUGUUUCCUGCUUGCUAUCCCUCUGUCAAAUUCUAAUCUAAGAUCCUCAAUUCAGAUCUGGUUUUCAGCCCAGUAUCUCUGCUGUUUAUUUUUAAAAUAGUUUAUUGAUUAUUUUAUGUGUAUGAAUGUAUUGCCUGCAUGUAUCUAAGUGCACCUGUGUUGUGCAACGCCACAGAGGUCAAAAGAGAGUGUCAUAUCCUGUGGAACUGGGGUUAUGGAUGGUUGUUAGCCACCAUGUAGGUGCUGGGAACCAAACCCGGGACCUCUGCAAGAACAGCCAGCACUCUUAAGCACUGAGCCAUCUCUCCAGACCAUGCCUGCUGUUUAAUUCCCUUUGGGCUCUGUGGGUAUUGUGUGAUUGUUUUGUUAUACAAUGGUCUUCCAAUAAAUGC